AUGUCCCUAUCUAUUUUCCAGUGUUAUCUCGAUAGAAAUCUACAAAAUAUAGAACCAAUAAAUGCACUUAUUAUAAUGUUUGUUAAAUAUUUGGCGCUUGCUUUAGGUACAAAAACGGUCAAACAAAUUCUGGAAUACAAGCAACAAUUUUGGGAAGUCGAUAUUGUAGAUGACGAAAUAACGUAUUUAAUACAAUAUUUGAAAGCAGUAGAAAAGUUUUAUAAAAUUUUCGCAAUUCCCGCUGCAUCAGCGUAUAUAGUGCCCCCCUUACUUUCGAUAAACUCUUCUGUGUUUAACUGCUUUAUACCUCAUUAUAUACCGUUUCCAUUAUUUUAUAUUGCCGAAGUUUACGUAAUUAUUACAGUUGGCGCGUUUCUUUUUAUUUCUUUCAAUAUAUUUGUAUGCCCUCUCAUAGUUUUGGCUGUUAUUCAAUUUAAACUAGUAAAUUUUAAGAUUAGGGAUCUCAAUCUUAUGGAUAUUGAAAAUGAUCAGGAUGUGGAAGUGUACGUUCGGAACAUGAAGAAGAUAAUUAAGCAUCAACAGUUACUUAUGAGUUACGUCGACGAUUUAAAUACAUUAUUAAGUGUGCCAAUUGCGCUGUUGAUGGUGACUAACAUUUCCAUGAUAUGUAUAACUAUGUAUAAUUCAACAGUAGGCGAAUCGGGUUUAUUGGAUCAAAUUAGAAUAUUUGCAACAAUACUGUGUGUACUCACAGAAUCUUUUUUGGUUUAUGGCUUUCCCGCGCAGGUAAUGAUGGACCAGUCAGAAGCAGCAGCAGAGACUAUAUAUUCCGAGUGCAAAUGGUACCUACCGCAAUUGCGACAUUUGCGAAACGAUUUCCUGAUUAUGAUGAUGAGGAGUCAGGAAGGUGUUCAUAUAAGGGCUGCAAAUUAUCACAUCAUUAAUAAUAGAACUGUUCUACUAAUAAUGAAAACUGCUUACAGCUUUUAUACUUUUAUGCAAAAGGUAGCAUAA